GUCUCUAUCUGUCAAGUGAUGUCACAAUCUGUAUUUCUUUCUUUACGUCAAAGUUGUGGUGUCAAAAGAUUGUUUUCACAAUGGGUAAGGUUAAGUGUUCAGAACUGCGGACGAAAGAUAAGAAGGAGCUCUUCAAACAAUUAGAAGAGCUCAAAACUGAGUUAACUAAUCUCAGAGUGGCUAAGGUGACUGGAGGAGUGGCGUCGAAACUCUCCAAAAUACGAGUAGUCAGAAAAGCAAUUGCCCGUGUGUAUAUUGUUUAUCAUCAGAAAAUGAAGGUUAACCUACGCAACCAUUAUAAAAACAAGAAGUACAAACCAUUGGACUUAAGACCCAAGAAAACCCGCGCCAUGCGCAAGGCUCUUACUAAACACGAAGCCAAAAUAAAAACAAGGAAAGAAAUAAGAAAGAAGUCGAUCUUCCCACCCAGAGUGUAUGCUGUGAAAGCCUGAAUAAAAACUGAUCAGUAA